AUGGCCACGUUCACGGGCAAACGCAAAAGGGAAGCCGCGCCUGCCAAACCACAUCCCGCGAAGAAAGCUGCUCGAAAUGGCACGAAAAAUUCCACCCAGCAGGACGGAGAUGCCGCACUCAAACACACGACCUCAACCGCAAUUGGCGCAUUAUCAGGACCCAUCCACAUCCAGAUCAUCACAGGCUCUUAUGAGCGCGUCCUUCACGGCCUAUCUGCCAGCAUACCACCUCAACGUCUCCUCGACCAGGCACCCUCGAAUACCCAAAAUGGCACCUCAGGCAACGAAAACGUCACCUUCUCAGACAUCUUCCUCUUCGCAGCCCACACUGCAGCGAUAAGGUGUCUGGCAAUCUCCCCACCUCAGGAAGCGGAUAAACGAUUCCUCGCCACGGGCAGUUCGGACGAGAGGAUAAAUGUCUACAGUCUAUCGACGGCUCCAUCCCUACCCACCACCGCUCCCAAGCGACCGAAUCUUCCUUCUUUAUCUGGAUCUACGAUAGCAGAAAACCCUCGCAACAAAUCUCUCGGCUCUCUGACUCAUCAUGAUCGCGCAAUCGCUAAGCUUUCCUUCCCUACCAAGUCCAAACUCUUCUCCGCAGCAGAGGAUGCCACCAUUGCCAUUGCUAGAACAAGGGACUGGACCAUUCUCUCCUCCAUCAAAGCCCCCAUCCCCAAACCCCAAGGUCGUCCGUCAGGAGACACAGCCGGACCUGGAGAAAUUCCGGCUGGAGUGAACGAUUUCGCAAUCCAUCCUUCGCAGAAGCUGAUGCUUAGCGUCGGACGUGGAGAGAGGUGCAUGAGACUCUGGAAUCUCAUGACGGGGAAGAAAGCUGCUGUUCUUAAUUUCGAGAGGGAUCUGCUUGCCGCGGUCGGGGAGGGAAAGUUGGGCAGGGGAGAGGGAAGACGAGUGUUGUUUGAUGGCAAAGGCGACAACUACGUCGUGGGAUUCGAGAGGGGCGCUGCGCUUUACCAUCUCGACGCGAAGGCGAAGGGAGUAUUCAAGCCCGCUCCAGCCAGCAAGAUCCAUCAGAUGCGGUUCGUGCCACUGGGAGAGGAGAAGAGCGUGCUCGCAAUGUCGACGGAGGAUGGGCGGAUCAUCUUCUUUCAUGCCGAGGCGGAUGAGGAGGGGUUGACGCAAUAUCCUAUCAUUGCACAGUUGGGAGGAAGAGCUGCCGGGAUCGAGGGUCGUGUGAAGGAUUUCGAGAUUCUCGAAGUGUCUGGCGUUCUCGCAUUUGUGACGGCAAGUAGCGAUGGCGCAGUGCGGAUCUGGUCUGUCUCCCAAACAGAACUUAGCAGUGCGUCUGAAGGGCAACAGUGUGGGCGCUUGGUCGCGACACACGAGACCGGCAACCGGAUCACCUGUCUUGGGGCGUUCGUCCUAGACGGCAAAGUCAGCGAUGCGCCUGAGCCCGAACGCGAGGGAGAGGCCGGUGCAGAAGAGGCAGAAUCAGAAGAAGAUCCCGAUAGCGAUGAAUAG